AUGUCGGAAUACCGGUGUACUGGUCUAGGUCCAGGUCAGUGCUCUCCUGAUGAGAUGAGGCUGGUAAAGAAUCUGUUUAAAGGCUAUAACAAGGUGGUCCGUCCCGUCAGCCAUUUCAACGACUCUGUGGUGGUGACUGUCGGGCUGCAGCUCAUCCAGAUCAUCAAUGUGGAUGAAGUUAAUCAGAUUGUCACCAGUAACGUGCGAGUAAAGCAGCAAUGGAAGGAUGUGAAUCUGAACUGGAAUCCGGACGACUACGGAGGAAUCAAGAAGAUUCGAAUUCCCUCCACCGAUAUCUGGAAACCAGAUUUAGUGCUUUAUAACAAUGCUGAUGGAGAAUUUGCCAUCGUGCACGAGACAAAGGUCUUGCUGGAACACACCGGGCUGAUCACCUGGAAUCCUCCGGCCAUCUUUAAGAGCUACUGUGAGAUCGUUGUAGUUUAUUUCCCUUUCGACCUGCAGAACUGCAGCAUGAAGCUCGGCAUAUGGACCUACGACGGCAACCUGGUUGUCAUCAACCCGGACAGUGACCGCCCAGACCUCAGUAACUUUAUGGAGAGCGGCGAGUGGGUGAUGAAGGACUACGGGAGCUGGAAACACUGGGUUUAUUAUGCAUGUUGCCCAAACACACCAUAUCUGGACAUCACCUAUCACUUCCUGAUGCUCAGACUGCCGUUGUACUUCAUCGUCAACGUCAUCAUCCCAUGCAUGCUUUUCUCCUUCCUCACCGGCCUCGUCUUCUACCUCCCUACUGACUCCGGUGAGAAGAUGACCCUGAGUAUCUCGGUCCUUCUGUCUCUCACUGUGUUCCUGCUGGUGAUCGUAGAGCUGAUCCCGUCCACCUCCAGCGCCGUCCCGCUCAUCGGCAAAUACAUGCUCUUCACCAUGAUCCUUGUCAUUGCCUCCAUCAUCAUCACCGUCAUCAUCAUAAACACGCACCACCGCUCUCCCAGCACACAUACUAUGUCUCCCUGGGUUCGCAAGCUGUUCAUCGAUACCAUUCCGAACUUCAUGUUCUUCUCCUCCAUGAAGCGUCCAUCUCAGGAGCGGAAAGGCAGACAACGUUUUCCUAAAGACUUCGACAUCUCGGACAUCUCCGGAAAACCCGUGCCGACUUCCGUUACGUUCCAGUCGCCCAUCAUCAAAAACCCGGACGUUCAGAGCGCCAUAGAGGGCGUCAAGUACAUCGCAGAGACUAUGAGAGGUGACGAAGAGUCCAACAACGCUUCUGAGGAGUGGAAGUUCGUGGCCAUGGUGCUGGAUCACAUUCUGCUCUGCGUGUUCAUGGCCGUGUGUAUCAUCGGGACUAUUGGAGUCUUUGCCGGACGCCUCAUAGAGCUCAACAUGCUGUGAGUCAGAAAUUCCCCGGAGGCCUGAAGUAAAGCCUGGGGCUGGAUUUCUACACCAUCCACCAUGACACAGCUUUCUGCUGGGCUGCACUGGCGUCCGAGUACGAUUGUGUCGGACGCUGACGGCGCACCGAGCCUAGUUUACUGCUGAAAGCUCAGAUUCACACAUGAUCUUGUCAUGAUGAGUCAUAAUAAUUUCCUGACUAACACAUAUUUUGAAGAAAUCUGCACCCUCAAUCAUAUUCUUUAGAAAUUCAUUAGUUUGUAAUAACAAUCUUGAUUGACUGAACCUUUUUUUUCUUCAUGUUGGUCUAACCUUUGCUUCAUCCUUACGCUAAUAUCAGCGUCAAACUUAUCACGUAGUAUCGUAUAUUUAAAAAAACGUCGCAUUUCUGGAAGUUUCAGUCUGACAUCUUCACUACGUCUGCAGCGUGUUUCUCAUCGACGCGACGUUGAACGUCGGCUGGAAAACAACGAGCGAGAAAGGAAUUAAACUCGCAGAAAUGCAAAAUUGCUAAACUCACAAAUAUUUUAACACGAAUGUCUUUCAGGGUGAAGUUUUCCUUCAUUGGCGCAGUUUCUUUCUUUUCUUUACGGUUUACUGUUGGCACUUUGAUGGCCGUGUGAACAGGUGAUUAUUGAGAUUUUGUUUUUGCCUAAUAUUUGGUUCUGGUUUGAAUAUUUUUGGUCCCGCAAAAUCACAGAUAAUGUACAAAGACUGUGUUUUUCACUAGACUGAUUCUUUUUAUUUGUGACAAAAUAAUUGACUUUUAGUUAGUGAUAUAUAUAGUGAUAUAGUGACGUGACAUACGGAUAAGUAUGGUGACCCGUACUCAGAAUUUGUUCUCUGCAUUUAACCCAUCCAAAGUGCACACACACACACACACACCGUGAACACACACCCGGAGCAGUGGGCAGCCAUUUAUGUUGGGGGGGGUUCGGUGCCUUGCUCAAGGGCACCUCAGUCGUGGUAUUGCCAGCCCGAGACUCGAACCCACAACCUUAGGGUUAGGAGUCAAACUCUCUAACCAUUAGGCCACAACUUCCUGUGUGUAUUGAAACAAAAACUGCAAACUAAAUGCCUGACAAUUUUACAAGGCAUAUUUCAAGGGAAAUUUCUACAACUCUUUGCCCAUUAGUGAACAUGAGAGUGAGAUUAGCUGUUUAUUAUGCAUUUAUUCAUUUUCUAUGGCUUAUCCGAACUACCUCAUGUGCCUAUCUCAGGCAUCAUCGGGCAUCAAGGCAGGAUACACCCUGGACGGAGUGCCAACCCAUCACAGGGCACACACACACUCUCAUUCACUCACACACUCACACACUACGGACAAUUUUCCAGAGAUGCCAAUCAACCUACCAUGCAUGUCUUUGGACCGGGGGAGGAAACCGGAGUACCCGGAGGAAACCCCGAGGCACGGGGAGAACAUGCAAACUCCACACACACAAGGCGGCGGUGGGAAUCAAACCCCCAACCCUGGAGGUGUGAGGCGAACAUGCUAACCACUAAACCACCGUGCCCCCCCCAGCUGUUCAUUAUUUAGUGUUAAUUACAUUUACUUUCUUUGAACAGCGCUGUUUGAGUUUGAAAUCCCAGUUUUGCAUGAACGUAUUUGUAAUAUGUUUGUCCAUUAUCUAUUUUUAUACCCGUUAGUAGGAGCACAGUCCAGUUGAUCAGGACAGCGGAGAGAUUUUUAAUGUGCGUCAUGAAUGGGGUCAAAGGUCACAAGAUCCUAUAAAGUUACACCCCAAAAUGUGUGUAUUGGGCAUUAUUUCUUCUACUCCUACUGUGUGUUUUUUUAUAUAUAUAUUUAGUUUUUUUCCACAUGACGACACGAUUGAAUGCAAACUUGAACAUGCUUUCUUUGUUCCAUUUGCCUGUGAGAUUGUGAGGCUUUGAUUUCUUUUCUCAAAACAACCAUCCUGACCUCCACGAUCACGCCGCUUCAUCGUUUUCACUCAAACGUAUGAAGCGAAUCGUUUUUUUGUGCUGAUUUUUUUUAUCUUUCUUAUCGUAUUGCAUGUACACCGUGUCGCAUGAUAAAAGUUUUCAGACCAACGCCGGGGACCUUGAAUCAGACGAUUUAGACGGCAAGAACUUUUUUUAAUAUAUAUU